UAGACCUGGUAAGCCGGGAAAAAAGAUGCUGUUGGUGACCACCAUACUAUCUAGUCAACUAUAGGGUCCCACAAAUUCUUAUGCUUUAUGCCUUUGAUUCAUCAACGAAGAACGUAUGAAAAAAACAGGAAUUCAUCCGGACAGAGGAAUGUGUGGGCAUGUCCCUGCCAAAUAUGGACAGGGACGGGUUCCAGUCAUAAUUUGCUUGUGCAGCAAGAGCUUGUAUUUCUAUGGGUUUUGCAUAAACCGAGCAAGGGACAAUACACAGUCUGAUAAAAAUUGAUUUCUUUCAUCCUUUGGAUAGUCUUAUGGUUUAGUACCCACGUGCAACAUUUGUCUGGUGAAUUCACCAGCCUCAUAGCAGUUGAACGUGGCAUACAACUUGAAUGGAAGGUAAGAGAACUCUACCGAUGCAGGGUACCACAAAUAUUUAUGAUGGAGGCAGUCCAAGAAAGAAGAGAAAGAAAACAAAAGCCUUUCUUCAAAAUGGCAAUCAUAACAUUAUGGAUGAAAUUCAGUGGAAUGAGUUGCAUGAAGAUAUAUUAGAAAGAGUGCUUGCACGAGUUCCUGUUUCUAGCUUCUUUCAAUUUCGUUCAGUGUGCAAAGGAUGGAGCUCUCUCAUAUAUUCACCAAGUUUUCAGAAAGCUUGCUCAGAGGUGCCAAGGGGCCCAUGGUUCUACAUGGUAGAUUCAAAGGGUGAUGAAAGCAUUGUAUAUGAUACAGAGGUUAAUAAGUGGCACCAUAUUAAAUAUCCCUGUGAACUGGGCGAAAAUGCGAGGCCUAAACCAGUAGCAGCUGCUGGAGGUUUGGUUUGUUUCAGGUCAUCACUUGGGUAUUUCACUGUGUGCAAUCCCCUCACAGCUUGUUGCCGCAAAUUACCACUUAUAGAGACUACAGAGACAAUACAUGCCAUUGCCAUGGUAUCCUAUCCAAUGUCAUAUAAGGUAAUUGUUACUUAUGGAGAAAUUCCUUCUUUCGUAGUCAAGGUAUAUGACUCAUCCAAACAAUGCUGGAGUGAGCCUUCAAUCAACUGGAAUAUGGAGGAACAUAGAAGUGGAAAAUCAUCUUCAAAACAAAAUAUUGCCAGUGAUGAUGGGACUGUUUAUUUUCUUAACAAAGGAGGAAAUGUAGUGGCACGAGACAUACGACGGAAUCCUUCCAAGGAUUUCUCUUCUAUCUUGACAUCAUCUCAGAAUGGGGAAGAAGUAAUAUAUUUCCUGAACAGAGGGGGAAAGGUAGUAUCUUGUAACAUGGAAAAGGGUCUGUGGAAUGAGUUUCCACCUUUAUUGCGCUCAACAUCUGAAUAUUCUAUAGAUCUUGUUGAUUGUCGAGGGCAGAUGCUAGUUGUUGUUCUGUAUGAAAUGAUGGGAAGUGCCACUGUGCGAAUAUGGGAGUUCUAUGAAGCAAAAGGAGAGUGGAUUCAGGUUUUAGCCAUGCCACCUGCAAUGUCUCAUGAGUACUUUGGGAAAAAAGCUGACAUCAACUGCAUCGGUCAUGAUAAUCUGGUAAUGAUUUGCAUAAGUUCUCGUCGGUUUCACCGUGUAGUGUUAUGUGAUAUUCUGAAAAACACAUGGCUGGAAUUGCCACGAUGUUAUGUCCCAGGAACACGGAAAUUCAAACAGAAAAAGUUUGUCUCAGCUUUUUCAUUUGAACCUAGGCUGGAAGCCCAGGUCUGAAUUGACCUUAUCUUGUUUCUAUUCAGACUUGGGUUGCUCUUUUUUCAUGUCUAAUAUUUGCAGGGUUACUAAGCUGCCUUCCUUUACAAUUGUUUGCUCCCCCCUGAUAAUUCAUAUGAGUUAUAUAUAGUUUUCAGCUUAUGCUUA